AUAAAAAAAUUCCAUCUGAAAUUAACAGAAUUUUGCACUUGUAUUGUCAUUGAAUGCAGCAAUUAAGAGAGAGAAAAUGGAGGCAAUGUGCACAAGUUCAAAUUAUUGUGAGAUUGAAGGGGAUAUAAGGAUUGAAGCCAAUUCCUCCACAAUAUAUGUCCUAAAAAAGUACUAUGUUGAAACCAUGUCAAAUAAUAACAAUUCAAUCAAUUCUUGGACCAUAGAGCCUUAUCCUAGAAAGGGCACUUCCCAUGUCAAGAAAUGGAUAAUCAAAUUAUCAGGACACAAUUAUAUCCCAAAAUGUACUCAAAAUUACACCCAUCCAGCAAUCCUCUUUUCAAUCGGAGGAUUCACCGGAAACUACUUCCACGAUUUCGCCGAUCUCUUAUUUCCGUUAUACUCAACAUCUUACCGUUUUCGAAAGGAUGUCCAUUUUCUCGCAAGUGAUUACAAGCCGUGGUGGACUAGUAAAUACAGACAAAUUCUAGAAAACUUAACCGUGCACAACCAAAUAGUAGACAUCGACGGAGAAAUCUCACAAGUCCAUUGCUUCAAUAACGUAGUCGUUGGCCUCAAAUUCCACAAAGAACUCGCCCUCGACCCGUUAUUGCCAAAUUCUCCGAUGGGCCCUUCGAUGCACAAUUUCCGACAACUCAUUCGGCAAAUUUACUCACUCGAAAGAGAAACGACAAUCACAUCAAGAAAAAGGGACAAUUAUUACAAGAAAAAGCGUGCCCGUCUCAUAAUCCUCUCUCGGAGAAAAACAAGAAGUAUACUAAACGAAGGGAAAAUAUCGAGAUUGGCAAGAAAGUUGGGGUACGAGGUUCUCUUGGCCGAUGCAGGAGUUUCGACCAACAUGUCGGAAUUGGCGAGAACGGUGAAUUCGUUCGAUGUAUUGAUGGGAAUACACGGUGCAGGGCUAACGAACAUGGUUUUCUUACCGGACAAUGCUGUCUUGAUACAAGUCGUUCCGUUUGGACCCGUCGAUGGAUUUGCUAGGCGUGAUUUCGAGAACCCUUGUCAUGGUAUGAAUUUAAAGUACUUGGAAUACAAAAUAACAGUUGAAGAGAGCUCAUUGAGCAAACAAUACCCUAAUGAUCAUCCAAUUUUGAACGAUCCGAAUUCUUACAAAGAAAAGGGAUGGGAUGAUAUUUGGUCAAUUUAUUUGAAUAAACAGAAUGUUACUAUUGAUUUGCGUCGGCUCAAAGGCACAUUGGUUAAGGCUCUAAAGCUCGUACGCCGUUGAUUGGUUGACUCAUAUAUGUCUUGGUCAACUGUCACAUUAUUUAUGGCCAUUAUUUUGCAGUUUUUUUUUCAUUGGUUCUCUCUGUUUUUCGGAUUUCCAUUCUGUAUUUGUAUCAUUUGUAUUAGGAAAAUUGCAUGAGUUACUUUAGGUUUAAUUUGAUCUAUUUACGAAGUUGUUGUU